CACCAAUGCAAGUCGACGACCAGUAUCAACAGCAUCAGCAGCAGCGGCCACCACUGUCCACUCUGCCACUGCGCAACUACUUUGAUCAAGGUCUUGUCUCCAUCCUUCUGCAAGGGUUGACGCGUGUCUCGAUGGAGCGACCUGAAAACCCAGUGGAGUUCCUCGGCCACUUCUUGCUCGAGCACAAGGACGAGGUCCACCGACCACCAGCAAGUCAAACCGCUGCCGCCUCAUUGCCACAAUAGUCGUUCGUGUCAGUGUGUGUAUGCAGAUCACCAUCGAGACCUAUCGUCACUUGUCUUUUUCAUUCUCGAGGGUUGCAUGGGUUUAUUGUACAAAAACAUUACAACAAAAACAAUCGGAAC